AAGCUCACAAGUCAAAAGGGCCAAGUUUGAAGACCCCUGCUCUAGUUCUAGCCACUUUUCUGACAAGAUUUUGUGUUUCAUCAUCUAUAUUAAAGAUUUGUUACUACACAAGUCACCUGCAGGAAUUUACUAAUUGUAUUUUAUCUUUCUGGACAAGGUUGUCCUGCAGUGCCUUUAAACUAGAUGGUAGUCAUGCGUGUGUAAUGUUUCGUUACCAAAACAUAUUUCAGUUGUAUAAUUCAUUUAAACAAAAGUAAAAUGUUUGUAUAUUUUGUGCAUGCAUUUGCAGAAUAUAACUUUAUACUACAUACUUGAACAUGCACAUAACUUCAUCCAUACAUUUAUUCAUACACAUAUUCUAAAACUCUUACAAAACAGUCCUGUCCUGCUGAAUUUCUGCUUCCUCAAUUGUCUUAAUCCCUCGUCAAGGUGUUAAAGAGCAGUCCGUUUUGCUAGUACAACAUUUAAAAGAAUGUUUCUGCCAUAAGCCAGAUAAUAAACAGGCAAGUUUCGCUAAGAGUACGGUUGAGGCUGCAGGAAUGCAGCUGCUGCCCGUGGGAACCAUUGUUUUUAAUUAAAAGAGUUGUUACCUAAAAGUUCCUGUGCGUACACUCCACACUUGGAACCCACAAAAUCCGAGAUGUGUGAAAGCUCCUCCCUCACUUAAAAGGUUGCUUUGCGUCAUCAAUUGGCGCCGGACGUGGUUCCUUGGAGACGAGACGCGCAAAGGCGUCGUAGCGGGCGCGACCUGUCAAGGCAAAGCUGCCUUAAAUCGAUGGUGUUGGUUCUUCGCUUCCGACGAAGCGGGGGAGGCAGGUUGCCGGGAGAAUUAGCUCGCUGCUGUGACCAAGGGAGCGGGAAGCAGGACUCGGCGUUGGGAUUAAUCUCUUACUGUGUGGAGCUCUGCAUCUACAGAACGGAGAUCUUCCAACGGCGUUAAGGCGGGCGUGACCGCUGAACGGAGGGAUUGUAUUCGGCAGCAGAGCUGAAUUUUUCACUUGCUGCACUUCCCGGACAGCAAUGGAAACUUCUGUUGAACAACAAGCCUCUGACAAUGACUCUGACACAGAGAGCAGAAUAGAUCCAGAUACCCAGGCCCUGGAGUAUGUUGAGCGUGUUCUUGGAACUUCAAGUCAAUCCAGGCAAGCAACCCAGUGUCUACCUCCAGAGCCUCUCUCAAUAGGUGGUAGAGUCCGAACAUCAGACCUCAGAUCACCUCUAGAACUGAUAAAAUCUGUUGCUGAAGAAACUGCUUCAGGGCUCUUGUCUCUUCCUCUAGAGUUGAUUUUAGAAAUCUGUUCUUACCUGCAAGCCAGGUUUGUUUUGCACGUCCUUCCUUUAGUCUGCAAGACUCUAAGGGAUAUUGUGCAAGAUGAAGUCACUUGGAGAAUUCGACUUUUAAAAAGAAUUGGCAAUUGCUAUCCAGUUGUAGAAGCAGGUAAUGAUUUUAACUGGCCAACAGCUUGCAUUGAAGUAGAGGAACACCUCCAACAAUGGGCAGAGAGUGGCAAAAACGCAGAGUAUUUUUCCCUUACUGAAGGGCACUUUGCUUCUGUUGAUUCUGUACUGCUCCUUCAGGGUGGGGAGCUGUGUAUUUCUGGCUCUCGAGACCGAAAUGUCAACUUGUGGGAUCUAAGGCAGCUGGGCAAAGCACCAGAAAAAGUUCUAGUGAAAGUGCUGGGGACAGAGCGCAAUGGAACACACAAGGGGUGGGUUUGGUCCCUGGCUUCAUGUGAUAACCAUGUAUGUUCAGGCUCCUGGGACAGCACAGUAAAGUUAUGGGAUAUAGCCGCUGAUGGAAAACAGUUUGGAGAAAUCAGAGAGAAAGCAGCUGUAUUGUGCCUUUCUUAUUUGCCUGACAUUUUGGCCACAGGAACUUAUGACAAGAAAGUGUCAGUCUAUGAUCCACGAGCUGCUUAUGCCCCAGUGAUGAGCCGCAGGCUUCACUCCAAUGCAGUCCUAUCCCUUGUAGCUGACGAACACUUCAUUAUCUCUGGCAGUGAGGAUCGAACGCUGGUAUGUUUUGACAGGCGGACCAAUAGUGUGCUUCAAAGGCUUCAGCUGGACACAUACUUAUUUUCCAUGUCGUACCAGGGUUCUCAGCUGUGGGCUGGAGACAAUCAUGGAAUGUUGUAUGUCUUUGAGAACAACGGAGGGCGUUUCAAGCACAUUCGGUAUUUUGAUGUCGGUCAUCGCUCUCAGAUCACUGGAGUCCAACACUCAUUGGGUGCACUCUAUACAACUUCCACUGACAAGACGUUCCGUAUACAUGUUCCUACAGAUCCACCAAAGAUCAUCUGCUCACAGACCCAUAGCUAUGUGCUAAAUGGGAUCACUGUUGAAGGAAAUAUGGCAGUAGCUGCCUCAGGUGGUUUGUCCUUGGAGGUUUGGAAACUCAGUGUUUGAUAACAAGUCACAGUGAUCCAUGCUCAGAAGUUCAGGAUCAUCAAGUACAGUGUAUUGGACAAUUAUUUCCUCACAGGUUCCAGGGUCCUGAUGUCUGCUGAAUUGUUGUUGUUAUUUUUAAUAUGUUCUUUGAGAUUGAAUAGUCAAAUGUUGAAGCCUCAGCUUUGCUUCUCCCAAUAGGGAUAACACAGAGGCUUGUAUGGAGGCCAUCUGAUUCACAUUUGAACCUUAACCUUAACCUUAACCUAACUCUUUCUUGUUGGCCAUUUCUCUCAUUUCACCUUGUAUGGCUGAAACAAGGUGAAAGGUGUGUACUUUUUCCAUCAUCUAGCUAGCCCCUUCGAGGUCUGCCCCACUCAACAUAUAGGAGCAGUGUCUUCUCUUUGGCUUGAUGUCUAAGAACUCAUUAGUUUACCAGAUAAAUAAGCACAGGUCUAAGCAUGAAAGGGUGAAUUAUGGGCAGAGGAGAGAGUGAUGGUUAGAGAGACUACCCAACUAACUUGGCCUGAUGAAUGUUUACAUUUAAUUUAAAAUAUUCAGCCAUAAUGGCAGAUCAAAAGUUAUGUUGCCUUUUUCUCCCUUGUGCUAAGCAAAGUAUGUCUUAAAGCAUGAUUUUUUUAAGGGAUUUGGUUUAGAAUUAAGAAAUGGAACCCACUAAGUAAGAUUAUACAGCAAAUUUUGACUGUACAACCAUUUUUUCAAUUUUGUCAUUAUUAAAUUAUAACAAAAACAAAUUUUGAACAAGAUGAACUGUUUUUUUCAAUGACAUAUGGCAAGCUUCACAUAUUGUGCUCAGCCAUAUGGUUUGGUUGGUUUUGUUUUAAUAUGAUGUAUGAACCAUAUCACAGUAUUUUAUAAAGCAUGGUUUGUAGUCUAGCAUUAUUGAAUUAGCUUUGAGGCUUAUUCAGUAUGUCAUGAUUAAAGUAAACCAUGCGUUAGCAUAAUGUGAAAAUGCAGAUUAUAGACGGGUGCAACACAAAAUGUCAAUUGUUGUAUUUUCAUUUAUGUUAUAUUUAUUUGUCAGUCCUUUGUCAUUUUAUAAGCAAGAAUCUAAGGACUGGUUAAAUUUGAGUGCAUUUGGAUAUAUGUACAUAAACUUGCUUUUGAAUUAUUCAACAAAGGCAAAUUGAUAAGUUAAAAUCCUUCCCUCUUAUUCUUGUUAUCUCUGAGAAUUAGAAAUGUUACUAACUCUGAGCUGGACAGUGUCAUUCUUUUCCUUCUACGUAAUAGGGUUAUUAAAAAUACACUAGAAUGAAUAGUAGGAAUAAUUGGAGUAACAAAUAUAAAAUACAAAACAAUAAUAUAUAAUUCCAUAAUAAAACAUUUUGACUUCGUAUGAGCAUCUUAAACACAUCAGUUUCUACUUUUUCAUCAAAAUUCAGUAAUUUCCAGUUUGUUGAUUUUUUGAAGCAGGAGUUGAUAUUAGAAUGUAUAGUCAGAAAACAAUUCAAAAGGCUUAUUCCUUCAGUAAUAUGAUAUUAUUUAUAAGGCUGGAGUUAUUCUUGAAUAAGCACAUUAUAUGAAUCUCACCUUCCACAAGAACCACCUGGAAUUGGUGUGGUAAUAAUAAGUACCCCCCUUCCCUCAUAUACACAAUAUCAGUUUGGAGUCAUGCACCACAAAAAAUGAAUCAAAUAAUAAAAAUAAGAAAGAGACCAGACUUCGCUCUAGAAAGCAACGCACAGACUCCUUUAAUAGUUUAUGACAUUUAACCAAUUAUUGACUUCUGAGUGAGGAAUGGUAAAUUAUCACAUCCCAUGUGUAGACAAUGACUGGAGCAAAGACUAAAUGACUGACAAGUAGGCCUGUCCCAAGAAACAUCUUUGUUAAAGCCUUGAAGCAACUUUAGAGAUGGAAAAGAAAGGAAGAAAAAAGAAAAAGGAAGGAAGAUCAAAAUCUAAAACAGCAUUUGAAUUGAUCAAAAUCUACCAUUGUUAGUAUUUAAAACCAAUUUGUUUUACCAGGAUUAAAACAAGAUAAUUUGAUAAAUUUCUGUAACUCUUUAUGGACUUUUUGAUGACAACUGGAAAGUUAAUGAUUUAUGGGUUUACAAAUGGAUAAGGGAUUUGCUGUGGGAAGAGAUAUAUGCGUGCAAGAGGGAAGAAAUAUUAAGUUUGUACUUGUGAUAAAGAUUAGAGUAAUUUCUUUAACUUUUUUAUUUUUUUAUUUUAUUUUUUCUUUGCACUUUGUAUUCUUUCUCUUCAUUUUCUCUCUCCCUUCUGAAUUUGGUUUGUAUUAUCUUUAUUUUUAAAACCGCAUAAAAUUAUUUUAAAAAAUUAAUUAUUCUAUUAACAAGAAAGAGUGUCUGUGAAAUAUAUGUUAGAUCUAAAGAGAAUGUUAAUUCAUUUAUUUCUGGCAUUGUAUUGAUUCUUAAAAUAUAAUCUUUAAAAUAAUACUUUCAGUAAACUUUGGCUAUGUUGAUAAGUACACAAAAUUUGCCCAAAUGAUUGAAAAACUAAAAAAUGAGUAGAUGGAGAAGGUAAAACUGGUAAGGUAAAUUCUAGACAAUAAACAACAAAUAUUCCCUAAAUUGGCAGAUUCUAAUAUCUUUUGAAGAGAUCUGGCUGAAAGUAUAUUGAAAGUUUAAUAUGUUUAAUUGACAAAAAAUAACUUUUGCUAAAUUAAUUUGCCAUCUAAAAUUCCUGCCUCAAUAAAAGUGAAUAAAAAAUUCUUGUUCCAUCUCCAUCACUUCCAAGGUUUAAGAUUUUGCAUCCAGACUUUAAACAUGCUGUGGUUUAGAAAUCAGAUGAGGGUACAUUCAUACACUAAAUUUCAUGUUCCUAAUCUCUUUAUUUAAUGAGCUGUAUGAAAUAAUGGAAUGCUCAGGAAAAAAACAAUGAAUGGAACAAUACAGUUCAUACUUAUGUUCCCCGAUUAUAGUGGAGACUCAAUUAUGGUAAUAAACUAUCUCUGACUCGGCAAAUUUUUAUGAUCUUCAUCUUAUACUGCAUACUGCUUGACAUUCAUGAAAAUAUGUUUUCUAUAAAUGCAGAAGGCAUAAUAUGAAACCCAGAAAGAUAUGCUUGAAUUAGCGUGAGUUUGGAAUGAACGUUUUUCAUAAGGAAGCUUUUUUAAAAAAAUCUGAAAGGAAAAUUAGAGACUUAAAGGUACUAAGGAGUGCAUCACACUUGGCCUAAUCCAGACAUAUUGGGGCAAGUAAGUAGCUAAUUUGGAGAAUUAUAGAGAGAACAAGAGAAGUGUGUUAAACUACUCCUAGGACUGGAGAAAGAAAACCCAUUUUUGGUGGAAAAGUGGACCCAUGUUGAAAUCUCUCAAGUAAAUCAGGUAUGAAACAGAUGAGCUAAUUCUACCUUAUUGUAAGGCUAUAUUUACAGAAUCUUGCAAGUCUGAAGGUACAGACUUCCUGCUGCUACUUUUAUCUGCUUGAUCCAUUAAGGUGGGUCCUUCCUAGGUUUCUUGCUCUGACUGUUAAGCCAUUCUUGUCUAAUUGUUUCCUAGGCAGCCUCUUUCCAAGGUCAUUUUCACAUUCCAUUACAAAAUCCACUACUGCUUAGAAUGAGGGAUCUUAAAAACCUCACAAUCUUUCACUCUGAGCUUUUAUAAAAUAACUGAUUGUCUAGAAGAGUUAGGACUAGACAUUUAUGCUACAUUUCAAGAAUCUUUGGAUAAGAACUUCCAUGAGCGACUAGGUCUAGUGUGUGUAGAUGAUGCCUACUUUAUAUAAUUGUUCCAAUGAAUAUGAACAUUGUUCUUAUUACAAAUAGGAUAUAUCUGAGAGAAGAGACACAAUAUUGGUAAGCAGAGGAAUAUAUUAACUAGAAUUUGAGAGAAAAAUAAAGUAACUAAUCAUUCUAGUAAUGUGGCUUAUUAAGCAUACCGCUCUUUCACUUGCUGUCCCUCUUUUUAAUUAAUAAGUCUGGAAUAAAAAAAGAAUGGUACAUUUA